AGGAGUUAUCAACAGCACCGCUGAAGUAAAGCCUAAAGCGGAGAAGAUUAAGCGAAUAGUGGGUGCUGCUGGGAGACAUCUGAGUAUGACAGGCUUGACAUGUGAAGAGGUUCAAGAUGACCUCAAUCAGCCGAGGGUGGAGUCCUGUAUUACUGGAUCUUAAUUAUGAUGGUAGUACUACAAUGGAAUGCUCCAAGCCUGUUGGCUAAUGGGCAGGAGUUAAAUCAUUUCAUUGUGGAUAUGCCAGCUAAGCUGGUGUGAUUUGUGUGCAGGAAACAUGACUCAAACCGAAUGUGGAGUUUAUAACACAUAGGGACAGAGGUGCAGGGGGAAGGGGUGAUGUACCACCUUCAUAAAGCAAGGACUUCCAUACAGGAUGCUAGGUAAAGGUAUUGAACAGGAAUAUGUGGUGGUGGUGGCAGUGUGGUUGAGAGGAGAGAUGGUAGUGAACUACUAUAAUACGUGUCAGGUAUUAGACCUAGAAGAGUUGGAGUUGGUGGAGGGCCAGGAUAGAAGUAAGGUAAUAUGUGGGGAUUUUAAUGUCCACAACACGCUCUGGGGAUGGAUGGAUGGAAAUGGCCAGGUGAUGGAAAAUCUGAUAGAAGUUAAAGAUCUGGUGUGCCUGAAUGAUGGCCGAGGGACCAGGAUUGAUGUAGUUACAGGGAAAGAGUUUGGAUUGGACCUCUCGGGUAUCUCGUGUGAUGACAGGAAUCUGUGACUGGGAGGAGUUGACAGUAGGGAGUGAUCAUUACCCCAUAGUAUGCACAGUAGGCCAGAGGAGGUGUCAGUGGUAGGCAGGUGGGUGUUUGAAAGGGCAAAGUGGGAUCAGUUUCAGGAGUUAAGUGAGCAGGUGAUGGCUCGGGUGGAUUUGAGAGGGGAAGUGGAUAGUAUGAAUAACUGGGUGAGAACAGCGUUAGUGGGGAAAGCUACUGACGCUAUAUCGAAGAGUUCAGGGAGGAGGAGGAAAGCAGUCCCAUGGAGGACAAAGGAGUUUUGGGCAAUGGUGAGGAGUAGGAACAGGGCAUUUAGAGUAGAGGUCGACCGAUUAAUCGACAUGGCCAAUUAAUUAGGGAUGAUUUGAAGUUUAAAUAACAAUCGGUAAUCUGCAUUUUUGGAUGCUGAUUACAUUGCACUCCACGAGGAGACUACGUGGCAGGUUGACCACCUGUUACGCGAGUGCAGGAAGGAGCCAAGAUUUAAUGCAUGAGGGAUCCAGUGGACGCUUGCCCCAAACAAGAUGAGGAGACUAGUGUCCCGGAAGAAGGCUCUAACCCUGGUGAAGGAGCUGGAUGCAUUCCCCAAGGUUCCAGAGAGCUAUGUGGAAACCACAGCCAGUGGGGGAACAGUGUCCCUGAUAGCCUUCACAGCCAUGGCUUUGCUGGCUUUCCUUGAGUUCUUUGUGUAUCGAGACACGUGGAUGCAGUAUGAGUAUGAAGUCGAUAAAGACUUCUCCAGUAAAUUAAGAAUAAACAUAGAUAUCACAGUUGCCAUGAGGUGUCAAUUUGUCGGUGCAGAUGUCCUAGACUUGGCAGAGACCAUGGUAGCUUCAGAUGGCCUACAUUAUGAGCCAGUCACCUUUGACCUCUCUCCUCAGCAAAGGCUGUGGCACAGAACUCUGCUGAUGAUCCAGGACCGCCUUAGGGAGGAACACUCGCUGCAGGAUGUGAUCUUCAAGACAGUCCUGAAAGGAUCCCCCACCGCCCUUCCUCCCAGAGAGGACAGCCCCUCCCAGUCGCCUGCGGCCUGCAGGAUACACGGCCAUCUUUAUGUCAACAAGGUGGCUGGCAACUUCCACAUCACUGUGGGCAAGGCUAUCCCACAUCCUAGAGGCCACGCCCAUCUAGCGGCCCUCGUCAGCCACGAUACGUACAACUUCUCCCAUCGCAUCGACCACCUGUCGUUCGGAGAGGAGAUCCCAGGGAUCAUCAACCCUCUGGACGGGACAGAGAAAGUCUGCACUGACCAUAAUCAGAUGUUUCAGUACUUCAUCACCAUAGUGCCCACCAAACUGAACACCUACCAGAUCUCAGCAGACACAAACCAGUACUCUGUCACCGAAAGGGAGCGGGUGAUCAACCACGCGGUGGGCAGCCACGGAGUAUCUGGGAUCUUUAUGAAGUAUGACAUCAGCUCGUUGAUGGUGAAAGUCACAGAGCAGCACAUGCCCCUGUGGAGGUUCCUCGUCAGGCUUUGUGGCAUCAUCGGAGGCAUUUUCUCCACCACAGGUAUGAUCCAUGGAAUGGUGGGCUUCUUGGUGGACGUCAUCUGCUGUCGCCUCCAACUAGGAGUCUACAAACCCCGGGAGAUGGGCCUGCUGGACGACCAUGUAAAAAACAAAGCCCCUGCCCCACCCCUGGAAGCUACAGAAAACCACACCCACUGACAAGACUCCCUAGGGCAGGGAUCAUCAACCCUGUUCCUUGAGAGCUAUCCUCCUGUAGGUUUUCACUCCAACCCCAGUUAACUGAUCUGGUUCAGCUUUUCAACAACUAAUUAUUAAGAAUCCGGUGCGCUAGAUGAGGGUUGGGGCAAAAACCUACAGGAAGGUUUUUCUUUUUCUUGAGCGGAUGGUCAGGGGGCGGGAACAUAAUUGUAAAUUGACCUGAAUAAUAAUCAUUUUAAACCUCGCUUACGAUCACAUAUCUCUCUAUAAUGCGUGGGAAUACUUUGGAACUUAUUUUUUUCAAAAUUAAAAUGACUUGAAGCUGA